AUGCAAAAAAGUGAUAUUAGAAAAGCUAAUCCUUAUGAUUUAGAUCCAGAAGUUAAAUCUAUUCUAAAAAUAGAAACUUUUCAACAAGGAAAGUUUACAACUCAUGAUUUCGUAGAAAAAACUUCUACAAAUCUGUUAAAACAUGCCAAUCCAAAAACAUUUGAUCCAAAACCAUUUAUAAGAACUUUUGAAAGAUCAAUCGAUGAAUUGUUAAAGCUUCGUGAAAGUGUACAAGAAGAAAGUAAGGUAUUCGAGGCAACUGUGCAAUUAACGGAAGAUGGACAUCGUAAAAAAUUACUUGAAUUAAAAACAGCUUUUGAAGAUGUUGUACAUUCUUUUGAAUCAUUAGAAACUAGAAUUAACGAAGUUGGUAACACUGCUAUAAGAAUCGGCGAACAAUUGGAAAUAAUUGAUAAACAAAGACUUCGUGCAUCCGAAUCAAAGGAUCUCAUUGAAUAUUUUAUGGCUUUUAAUCGUGGUGACAUUGAAAAAUUAGAAAAUCUUCGUACAUAUGGCGGAAAAGAUGGACAAUUAAAGGCUGCAGUUAUUGCUAGAAGAUUAAAUGCCAUUGCAAAAGAUGUUGACAUUCCUGGCGCUGAAGCUGCAAGAGAACGUAUUGAGAAAUAUUGUGAAAUUUUAGAAAAAGAGUUGCUUGAACAAUUUGAUAGAGCGUAUAAAGAACGAAAUUUAAAAACCAUGCAGCAUUAUGCAAAAACGUUGCAAGAAUUCAAUGGUUGUGAAUCAUGUGUAAAAUUAUAUGUAAAUCAACAUCAAUUUUUUAUAACAAAAAUCAACGUUGGUGAAAAAAAAGAGUUUCUUUCUAGUCCAGGUUGGGAUGAUCUACCAAAUCCUCGAAUUCCUCCUCCUCCUAUCGAUCAAGGGCUCAUUGUAUUUUAUGAAGAGAUUAAAAAUACCGUGAUAAAAGAAGCUAUUAAUAUCAAUGCUGUUUUUCCAAAUCCAAUUGGCGUGAUGCAAGUUUUUCUGCAACGUAUUUUUGCUCAAUUGAUACAAACUUAUUUAGAAAGUCUUUUAUCGCAUGCUGAAAAUAAUUCAACUUUGGCUUACUUAAGAUCAUUGGCAGCUGUUCGUGCAGCAACCACAGAUCUAGUUACGAGUUUAAAAAGUGUAGAAAUACGUCAAGAAGGAAGUACCAAAGAUAAUGUAAAUACUAAAAAUGAGGAAGACACAAAAAAGAAUAAUACAAUAGCAGAAGUAUUGGAUCAAUGUAUUGAAGAUUUGUUUGUUCCAUAUACUGAAGGUGAACGUUACCUGGAGAAAGAAAAAAGAUCUCUUAUGGAAUUGUAUUCUUCCUUGCUUCUUAAAUUUACUGCCUAUCAUGCACAACAAAAACAUGCAAGAAGUGGAAGUUUAUUUCAACGUGCAGUUAAUCAAAUAACAUCGUCAUCAAAUCCUAAUCAAUUUGGUGGAGCCAAUCUAAUGGAAAUUCCAGUAACUGAUGAUGAUGGAAAUUUAGGAGUAGACACUGCUACACUUAUGCUUAAAAUUCAUGCAGAAGCAAGUAAACGUUCUGUAAAAUUGUGUCCUCCAUCUGAACUUCCAAAAAUAGCUAGUGCUUUGUUUAAUGUCUUGUUAGAUUUUAUUGGAAGACAAUAUGUGGAUGUGGCUUUAGAAUCAUGUUUAGAGCUUAUGGCUGCAAUGGAUUCAAAAAGUGAAACAGAUUUUAGCGUCUUCGCUGUUGUAAAGGUGGCAAGAGAUAUCAUACACUUGGAACAAAAUCAUUUCCAAGCAGUAAUCUUGCCUUUAGCGUCUCCUUCGUUAGCAAUUCAUCGUGAAAUCACAUCUGAUAAGAAUAAGUUUAUGAUGGGAGUAGAAAAUAAAAUGAAUUCUGCUGUUCAAAAAAUGAUAGAUGAGUAUAUUAAAAAAGUUAAUGUAAAUAUGAACAAAUAUCUUGACGGCAAGAAUUUUGAAAAUUUUUUGACCGAAGUAGGAAUUUUGUUUCACAGGGAUAUUACCAAAUAUCAAGAAACCUUUGCAUCUUUCAAAAUUCCUCAAUUAGAUGAGCGAUUUGAGUUAUUGCAUCAAUUAGGAAACUUGUUUGUCGUAAAGCCUGAGAUACUUAAAUCAGUUCUUAAUGAAGGUUACCUUGCCAAACUUGAGAUUAGAUAUGUUAUUCCCUACCUUCAAAUGCGCACUGAUUUCAAAUCAGCUGGUAUUGAUAGUCUGCUGGGCGCAUCUGCAGAAACUGGUAGUAAUGAAAGAAAUUUCCACGAUAAAGCUAGAGCUAGAUUAACAUCAAUGGGACUUAAUAUUGGUUUUGGUGAAAGCGGAAGGAAAUGGAUGACACUUGCAUAA